CAUCAACACGCGUCAUCGGGCAGCAACAGCAUGGCAGCUCCCAUGAAGAGUAUGGGCUCGUCAUUUAAUGCUACUAGUUUUCAGAAGAAAACUAGAAGUAAAUUAAUUUCGAUACCAGGCACAAGACCCUCAGUUCAGAAUGGACAGCUUAUAGUUUCGACUGGUGUUACGUCCCUCGACUAUUUGAUAGGUGGGGGCCUAGCAGUGGGGACAGUGCUGCUAAUAGAGGAGGACCGAUACAACAGCUACUCUCAGAUGGUUUUGAAGUACUUCAUGGCGGAGGGAGUACUAUGUGGACAUGAACUCUUCUUGGCGUCGGCUCAAGACCAUCCAGAUGACAUCCUCACGGAACUCCCUGCUCCCAUCUUGGAUGACAUCGCCAGCCACAGUCCAAUGGAGGGACGCAUGCAGCUAGGUGGGCCGCACGCUAGUCAGGACGCUAUGAAAAUAGCAUGGCGAUACCAGAAUCUACCAAAAGUACAGACCGCGCUGGCGUCCUCGUCCCGAUUCGGACACUACUACGACGUCUCAAAGAAGAUGGAGCCAGAAAUCAGGCAGGCAGCCAACUGCCACGCGUUCUACCUUCCGGAACAUUCUACGGAGUCGUCAGCCCCGCACAGUCCGCUGCUUGAGUCCUACUCUGCACUGCUCAGGUCCAUUCAGGAGGUCAUACGCAAGGGAGGGUUCGAUGGAGCCGCACCCCCGGCAAAGUCCCGGAACGUCUUGCGCAUCGGGCUCCCGUCCCUGGGUUCCCCCCUGUGGGGUGACGACCUGUGUUGCCGCGACAACCCCGCCCACGGCCACGCCCUCACCACCUUUCUCUACGGACUGCGGGCCGUGCUGAGGUCAUCGCUCUCCGUGGCGGUGCUGACCAUUCCCUCACACCUGAUCCAGAACCGGGCCGUAAUGGGCAACAUCACCAGGCUGUGUGACAACGCUAUAGCCCUGGAGUCGUUCAAGGGCUCCGACAGAGAGACCAACCCGCUCUACAAAGAUUACCAUGGGUUGCUCCACGUGCGCCAGAUGCCCCGCCUCAACUGCCUGCUCACCGAACUCCCAGACCACAAGGACCUGGCCUUCAAACUCAAGAGGAAGCAGUUCACCAUCGAGAGGCUACAUCUGCCUCCCGACCUGUCAGAGACCGUGAGCCGGGUGAGCAGGGGGGAGCUGGCAGGGGCGGCCGCCACGGGCACAUCGUGUGGAUCUUCCGGCAACAAACACCUGGACUUCUAGAAGCACACACACACACACACACACACACACAGACACACACACACACACACACACACACACACACACACACACACACCAUCACUCUCACCGAGGGGGCCUGGAAAGCCGGGACAGUGGAGUGAUGUCCUCUUUGUUGCCCGGACCAGGUUGUUUCCUCACCCACACGCUGUCAGCGGUAAUAACCCCGCCAGUCGCUUCCCGACCUUCAACGUGCGCCCAGGCUUUAGCACAGGAUAAAUGUAAACGACGGUGACGUUCCGCCGCUGCUCAGCGUACAAUACAUCACAGGUGGUUAGGGGGACAUCCCUGCGUUCAGCGUUGACUGAUGUGAAGACUGAGGAGGGCUAUUUGUGUGGGCUUACUGGCGUCGGUAAUUGACGUUUGUUUUGCUCCUUCUACGGCGGUGGUCGUGUGUCAAUGACGCUCUGCUAAAUCGUGUCAAACUCCCCCGAGUCUCACAAAAUGCUUACAUUUUUACCAUUCUUGUGUUUAAUAAAACAAAUAUGUAAGAGUAAUAAGUGAUUUUGUUUUCGUCUUUUUUGAAAUGGCUCCCGAAUUUCUGUUAACUAUUUCUGUUUAGUGUUUAGUCAUUUAGGCGUUGUCCUUAGAUUAGUUUAGCCAAAGCUCCUGACUGCAGUAAGAUGAGGAGCAUGAAGGGGUAAGGCAUUUUUCACAAAGAUGCCUUCAGGUAUACUGCGGACAUUCCCUGUUAAUUUAAUUCAGUAGUCACUUUCGAUCAAUUCAAUCAUUGGAUCAUUGACAGUCCCUGGCAAAGAUGUUCAUAAUGAGGAGGGCUGUGUCACACUGGUCUUCAGAGCUGCUUGUAUCUAUCUGUCCCUUUAACACGGGCCGUGACCUGAGAAUGACGGCGCACCUCCACCGGGCUGAAGAGCCAGGCAGGAGAGCAGACAGAGGGGUUAUAUAGGAGAGCUGGAUUUGGGAUGCAGGCUUCACACCUCAUCAAACAUGUUUACUGGAUGAGCUGCUGCACCAUGACAAGCUGAAAAGAACAAAUUAGGUCAAACAGUGACACAGGGAAACAAAACAGAAAAACCACGGCACGUGGAACGAGUGUUGUGUUUUCGUACUUUCUUUAGUUUGGCUGCUAGUGUUGCUUUGACUGUGUUCUGCCGGUUAUGAAGUGGCAGCGUUGGUUAUCUUCUGCAGGACACACACACACACACACACGUGGCAGAGGACGUUGGGUUGUCUGACAGUUUUAUGCUUGGUUAGGCGUUAGUGUGUGUGUGUGUGUGUGUGUGUGUGUGGGUGUUCCUGUGUGCUGAGAGAGGGAGACAACAUAGGCCAGUCCUCCUUUACAGAUGACUACAAAAAGCGUAUGAAUAACCAGACAGAUUGAGGGUACACCUAAAAGGUAGAUGCAUUUGGAACAGAUCAAGUCCAGCAUUUGUUCUUGUUGCCCUCGCUGUUUGUUUCUGUUCAAUUUUUUUAAGGGAAACACUUUUGAGGAAAAGCGCUGUACCAGCAAUGAUUAAAUAUGUGAAUUCAAUUAAGUAAAGCUAAUUAUUAAAUAAACUCAAUACAAAAUUAGACAAUGGUUAGCUGUAUUAUAGUGGUGACACAGGUUAUGGACCAAUAUAUAUAAGGGGUUAACUACUUAUCCUAUAUAAACAAUAAUUAACUGUGUGUACUUCUGCGUCUUGAUACAAAGAAGUAUGAAGUUAUAAACGGUGGUCUGGAGAACAUUGCACUGCAACAUAAGGUCUCCUGACUCCACAUGCUGGACAAUGUACAUUCAUCGAGGGUAUUGGUCACCAAAGGCCUUGUCUAAUCAGGGUACAUUGUAUUCUACAGAUCAGCAAUACACGUUUUAACAUUAAGAGUGUAGCAGGAGUCUAUGGCGGCCAGGGGUUCCACCUCCAACUCAGAAGCCUGAGUGUGGCUUCCCCCCUCCUUGCUUAUUAUCUCCUGCAAGGAAACAAGUUGGGGGAGAGCAGUGAAAGGUCAGGGAGGGGCUAAUGAAUAAGUGGAAGAAACAGGCCAACGGCAGGAAGACAUUGUCCUCAGAAGGAAAACAAGGACUGUUUAGCUCAACUGUGGGGUCAAUAAUAAGCAUAAACAAGAGGCAACAGUGGUUAUUGGUUACUCUACCCUUUGCUGAUACAUUUUAUUUU